AGUCCAGCUAAAACCGUUUUGAAUGAGAACAUAGAUGCCAUCGUCUACCCCACCAACUGGCACUCAGAGCUACCAUUUUUAACCGGUUUGUUCUUAACAGUUCGUCACGAACUGUUUUUAAAACCGUCUUUGCGGCUCUUUAAAGUCAGUAGAUGUACGCUUACACCCACGAAAUGAUGUUGUUUGCUUCUGGAGGAAAUCGACCAGAAACGUCCAGUGGUGGAAGCGGAGUUCACAGAAGUAGUCACGAUACCAUUUUGCACACAAUUGUUGCUGAAGGAGGUUCUAAAACUUUAGUAUAUGAAAGUGUGGAGGGAACUCUGGUGGCUCCCGAAGUUCAGGAUGUCGACGUUUUGGGUAAAGAAGUGGACGCUUUCCCUCUACGGAUCGACAACAGUCUUCAAAAUUUCACGUGGACACUUUUAAACACCACCAGGUCGCAAACCAUUGAAGAUCAAGUUUGUCACGGAAAUGACACAGAAAACCCUUUCUGUUGUAACUUCAACAUCACUUUGACCACAAGUGAAGAAACCGGUACUUCGUAUUCUUACCUCCUGGUGGCUUUCUCAGGUGUUCGUCACUACCCCAACAUCAGCGACGGUGGUCUUGAAAUCUGUGGAGUUAUCGCUUGUCUCAACUCUUCGAUACCUUCAUGUGGUCAAAGAUUUCCUAAAUACGACGAAAUCGUGUGGCCUGUAACGUUUGAGGACAUUACCAUUAUAGCUAAUUAUAGCUAAAGUCAGUGACAAUAAGACGCAGUUCCCCAAUACUUUGUUGAGUUCGAUUCGGCCUAUUAACGCGAAUGAGACGAUAUGGAUUGGCAGAGAAGUGGAUGAAGAUGGGAAAACGGUGAUUGAGAAGACGUUCGCUCUUAGGAAAUCACAAAAUCGGCUGUUGACUUUUGCGAUUUAUGGACGAGAUUUCGGAAAAGAUGUGUUUCCAAGAGAUGAUACAGGUGCUGCAAGUUCCAUUUCAAGUACUUUGCUAAUUUUGAGCUGUUCUCUGGUUUUGUCUGUAAUGCUACAUGUGUAAAAUGCAUGUACAUAGAGAUGCAUUUGUCAUAAAGUUAAAAAUGUAAAUUAAUUUUUAAUAUAAUUUUUACAUUGUAACAACUUGUUAAGUACUAUAUUGACCUAAUGGUUGUCUCUGUGAAAUAAAACAUUGUACAAUAAUUCAAAAGAAUUUUUUCGCAGCAUGAAAAAACAAGUUGUUAAUAAGGUUAAAUUUAGAGAAUUUUCAUUCAUUUUAGUUUUGUAUAGGUAGAAGUUAAUUUUUUUCAGUUUUCGUCGAUCUAUCUGUCGUCUGUUGGUGAUUUUACUAGACGAGUAGUCUUGUCAGGUUGUUGUGAAAUUUUAGGUGUUUUUUUUAAGAAUAUCGUGUAACAGACCAAAAAAUGUGUUUGUUCAUUCCAACUAAAAAUGUAA